UUCGCGCACUUAAUUUUGUAAACAAAUGUUCUCUAUUUUACUUGUCCGGCUUGUUUAUUAAAUAUUUUUCAACCAAAUUAAGUAAUUGUAAACCUGUAAAAAUGCCGUCAAUAUUACAACAAUGUGAGGAAUAUUUCGGAACGAAGGAUUUGUACAAGUUAUUUUCAGUUGACAAAACAGCCCUAGAGAAGGAUAUAACAAAAGGGUACUAUAAAUUGGCGUUAAAAGUGCAUCCAGAUCGUGUACCAGAAGAGGAAAAAGAUGUAGCGACUGAGAAAUUCAAAGUACUUACAAAGUUGCAUCUCACCUUAACUACCAAGGAUAAGCGAGCACUGUAUGACGAGCAAGGAAUUGUCGGAGAUGAUGACGAUGAAUCUUUCGGCUCCAGCUGGCUUGAGACUUGGAGUCUUUUUUUCAAGCCAAUUAAAGAUGAAGAUAUAUCGAACUACGAAAAGGGCUACAUAGGUUCUGACCUAGAAAAGGCUGACAUAAAAAAGGCGUACUUGAAUGGCAAAGGAUGCAUAAACUUUAUGUUUGAGUUCAUUCCUUUCAUGACAAUCAAGAGUGAGCCACGAAUCAUUGAAAUAGUAAAAGAGAUGAUCAAGAAAGGUGAACUACCAGAAUACGAGCAAUUUGUUAAUGAACCGAAGGCGAAGCGAACACGACGACACAAGAAAUAUAGAAUUGAAGAAAAGGAAGCGGAAGAGAUGAAAAGCCAAAUGUCUAGUUUGGAGAAACAGUUGAUGAAGCGUCAAGCAGAGCGUCAAAAUGGUUUUCAAUCAUUUUUGGAUCGAUUGACAAGCAAAUAUGGAAAUGGAGAAAUAGAAGAUGACUCGGAGGACUUUCAACCCCAUGACGAAGAACCGAAACAGAAGAAACGUAAGCCUAAUAAUAAUUCAACAAAGUCGAAAAAGAAGAAAGUCUAAGUUUCUUUAAAACACAAAACGUAAUUACCUACGGAUCAUAUCACCAAAAUAUUUAUUUCAUGUUAUAAGAUCAAGUCAUACACUUCAUAAAAAACACAUCAUAAAAAUUGCU